UUGAUGGAUGUUCCGCUGAAAAUUUUCGGUUAAAACAAAGUUUAGUUUUUUUUACAAUGUCUAGUUGUUUUGUGUGUACAAGAAAUACACAGUGUAAAAAGGAAGAGUUCAUCUUUCACCAGUAUUUACAUUAUUUUUCAUCUAUACAAUUAUUUAGCUUUUAGUUAAUAACUCAAUAUUUAUAGUUUUAGAUACCUAAAAAAUAUGGUAUCCGAAAACAGUGGAUGGAGUUUUUUAAGGAACGUGGUAAGGAUAAUUUCAAAAGUCAAUAUAAAGAUAUAAGUAAGAUAAAGUCAUGUACAUGAUAUUUCAAAUGAGAUGAUUUUACAAGCCAUGUGUGGAAUAAAACACUACGGGAAAAUGCUGCUCCUAUAAUUAUUGUUAAUCGGUUAAAAUGUGUAAGUUGAUGAGUUUUUGAAUUGUUGGUUUUUACCUAUAAUAUAUAGUAAUUUAAAUAUAAUUAUUUCUAGGCUGAACAUUUGUCCCUAAAGUAUUGAUACAAUUAACGAGUAAAAGUGUAUGUGUAUACAACCCGAUUUAUACCUCGAAAGCAUUUCUCUAUUAUCUGAUAAAAUAAUAUUGAAUCUAUGCUUAUCUAUCAACGAAUGUUAUAAAUUGGAUCAUAAUUUUGGUAAGCAUAUCUCAUAAAUAACUUUUAUCUAUUAAUAUUACUACAAUUGUUUAUGCUUCUAGCUAAACAAAAUUGUAUUUUUGAAAAAAAAACUAUUAUAAUUACCUAUUUUAUUAGUUUAAAUUUAAUGAAAUAAAAUGGCACAAUAGUUUUUAAAAAAAAUAUAUUUAUAUAGUAAUUAUGUAUUGAUAGUAAAUUUAUAGUAAGUAAUAAGUUGUCUUUGAAAUCUUCAAGUAUUGUAAUAAUCAGUCAGUGUUCUAAGUUUUAAUAUGUUUUUUUUUAAUUCCUCGAUAAAUUCAAAUAUUUAUUUUAUUGUUUUCUAUUAGAUGACAUAAGUGGAUGUGAAUUUAUUAGCAGUACGUAUAUUAGAUCUUGAUUUGCAACUAUUCUAGUCAUUUAUUUAAUAGGUAGCCAUAGGUAUUUUUGAAUUGUCCAAAAUUCUUUAUGUCUUACUCCUUAUACAUUUUCAGACAAUUAGUCAAUAGGCAAACUGUAAUUCCUAAUAAUAUUCUAUUUCAUGAUUAUAAAUUGUUAGUACUGUCACAUAAUACUAGUCAUAAAGUUGAAUAUAUAAUUGAGCAGUUUUCAAUGAAUACAAACGAAAAUCCAACAAUUAACUUUAAAACUGUAAGAUUAAACUUUUGUAUAAGGUUUUCAUCAACACUUAUUGUUUUAGCCAAUUUUUGGGAAAUUUCGAAAAAUUUCAAGCUGUGUGUGUUGCUGUCAUUUGUUGUACAUAAUCCGGGUUUAAUAAUAUUCACCGGUAAGCCAAUUUUAUCUCCAAAUCAAUUAAUAAUUAUUAUUGUUAUUUAUUUGAUAAUUUAUCUAUAUUUAGGUAUAAUACAAUUUUUUAUUCCUUUGAUUUUUUUAAUAGUGAUUGUUUGAACCCGGGCUAAUAAUUGUGUUCUAGGUUCAAAUAGUGACUAAGUAGUUAGUUUUUUAUAAUAUUGUAAUUUAUAAAUUUAUAAUGCUAUGAAUAUUUUUCAGAUGCAUAG